AUGCCAAAAGGAAGAAGGAAAGCCAAACCGGACCCUGUUCCGUCCUUGAAGACCGAUGUUAUUAAGGAAACAGUUGAUAUUGGGUCGUCCUUGGAUCCUCGACUAAAGACACCCUUCGAAUGGGGUCGAGUUCGAGCAACACCGUAUGGAUCCUGUUUGGACUCCAUGCAGUCGGGUCAAGAUGCGGAAGAAUGGCACGCAUCGAGAAAGAAACGGUUCGACCCACUAAACCCUCCUGUUGAGGGAUAUGAUCACGUCUACGGGCAAUCUACCAUAGAUCAGAUUGAUGGAACCGAACUGGCUUCAGCUGGAACAAAGGAAUCGCAGGAUUUAGAGGAUGUGAGAUUGAAACAUGCACAUGACUUUGGCUCUACCAGAACCCCUGCCGAUGCCCCUGUUGGAUCACUGAAAGACAAAUGGAGACUACUCCCCCACUUCCUUCAGCUGAGAUCACUGAUGCGCCAACAUAUUGACUCCUUUGAUCAUUUUGUGAACGUAGAGAUGAAGCAGAUUGUACAGUCCGAAAGUGCUCGUGAAAUUAGAUCGGAACACGAUCCCAACUUUUAUUUGCGCUAUACUGACUGUUGGGUAGGAGAACCAAAAUUUGUGGAAGACUCUUACGUAGACACCGCUCUGACUCCGUUCCAGUGCCGGUUGAGAGAUUGCACCUAUUCGGCACCCAUUUAUGUAAAUGUUCGGUAUACUCGUGGUCGACAGAUUGUGGAUAAGAAGAACGUGAUUAUUGGACGGAUGCCAAUCAUGCUUCGCUCUGAAAAGUGCAUGCUUCGAAACAAGUCGGAACGGGAACUGGCUGCAAUGAAGGAAUGUCCAUAUGAUCCUGGUGGCUAUUUCAUUGUGAAGGGAGUGGAAAAAGUUAUUUUGAUUCAGGAACAGCUGUCGAAAAAUCGUGUCAUUCUAGAAGAAGACCCCAAAGGGGAGGUUUGCGCAAGCAUCACAUCGUCCACCCAUGAGAGAAAGUCGAAAACAUACAUCGCGAUGAAGCAUGGGAAGGUAUACAUGAGGAACAACACACUGGGAGAUGAUGUUCCGAUUUCUAUUGUGUUAAAGGCCAUGGGAAUCGAGAGUGACAUGGAGGCAGUGCAGCUUGUGGGAAGUGAAGACUACAUUGUCAACGCCCUUGCGUUGUCUCUGGAAGAACCCAGGAAGCUAGGAAUCCACACCCAACUUCAAGCAUUGAAGCACAUUGGUUCAAAGAUUCGACGUUACAGCAACUCAUAUCGAAAGCCCCUCGCCCCAGAAGAAGAAGCCAGGGAGGUUCUUAGCAGGGUUGUACUGAGCCACGUACCUGUUGCUCAUUUUGAUUUCAGAGCAAAGGCAAUUUAUGUGGGCCACAUUACACGACGAGUUCUCAUGGUCCACCUAGGUAAGCACAGCCUGGACGACAAGGAUUACUAUGGAAACAAAAGACUGGAGUUGGCAGGUAACCUUCUGUCACUUCUAUUCGAGGAUCUUUUCAAGAUUUUCAAUGCAAACUUGAAACGACAAGCCGACAUGGUUCUCUCUAAGCCAAAUAGAGCACAGGCAUAUGAUGUUGCAAGGGUGAUACAACCUGAUACAAUCGCAAAUGGAAUGAUCACUGCAAUUGCUACAGGCAAUUGGGUGCUGAAACGUUUCCGUAUGGACCGAGCCGGCGUCACCCAGGUUUUGACAAGGUUGUCGUACAUGUCUGCCGUUGGAAUGAUGACAAGAAUCAACAGUCAGUUUGAAAAGACUAGAAAAGUUAGCGGACCUCGUUCAUUGCAACCAAGUCAGUGGGGCAUGUUAUGUCCAGCUGAUACUCCCGAAGGUGAAGCAUGUGGUCUGGUAAAGAACCUUGCUCUGCUCGCGCAUAUCACGACUGACGAAGAUACACAACCGAUUGAACGCCUUUGCAGAGACUUGGGCGUUGAAGAUGUUUCUCGACUCUCAGGCCAUGAGCUCCACUCCCAAAAUGCAUAUUUGGUGCUGCUGAAUGGUCUCAUCCUUGGUGUGCACACGCAGCCAGAUCUUCUUGUUAAAAACCUUCGGAGCCUGCGAAGACGGGGGCUGGCUGGAGAGUUUGUUUCGUUCUAUCUGCACCAAGGACAGAGAGCCGUCCACAUCGCGACUGAUGGAGGUCGAGUUUGCCGUCCCCUCAUCAUUGUUGAUGAAGCUUCAGGGCUUCCUAGGCUGAAACAAAUUCAUGUCGAAGCCCUUGCAAUGAAAACAAUGAGUGUCCGAAAUCUAUUACAGCAGGGAAUUGUGGAAUACGUCGAUUGUAACGAAGAGAAUAACACAUUGAUUGCGGUGACGGAAAGAGAUUUGGCAACAGCAAGAAAGCAAGGACUUGACAAGCAACGAAUGAAAUAUACACACUUGGAAAUUGAUCCGUUCACUGUUCUUGGAGUUGUCGGUGGUAUCAUCCCGUACCCGCAUCACAACCAGGCCCCACGAAACACAUACACCGUAGCCAUGAGUAAACAAGCAAUGGGAACCAUUGGGAUCAAUCAAUAUGAGCGAAUGGAUGGUUUGAUUUACACUCUCGUUUAUCCGCAGAAGCCUAUGGUAAAAUCUCGAACACUUGACUUGGUCGGUUUUGAUAACAUUCCUGCCGGUCAGAAUGCUGUAAUUGCGGUAAUGAGUUACAGUGGUUAUGAUAUCGAAGAUGCUGUUAUUCUGAACAAAGCGGCAAUCGACAGGGGAUUUGGUCGAUGUAUGGUUUUCAAAAAGCACCAAACGAGUGUUCGCAGAUACGCCAAUGGAACGAUCGAUCGUACGCUGGGCCCCCCAUCUGCAAGUGAUUUCCCUGAUGGAGAAGAAGACAAACGAUUCCAGAGAUAUAGGGCCAUUGAUGAUGAUGGGAUUUGUUUGGUUGGUGAGACAAUCAAUGGCGGCUCGAUCCUUGUGAACAAAGAGUCGCCAAUGGACACAACUAGCAACUUUGGAACAGAUGCGGGUAUAAACAUUGGUGCAUCCAUGUCCAAUGUCCAAUACAAACCCGCCCCUUUGUCGUACAAAGGCAGGGCUCCUUUCCAAGUAGACAAGGUGCUGAUCACCGCAAACGCACACGAACAGUUCCUAAUCAAGGUCAUGUUGCGGCAGAUCCGUAGACCAGAGAUUGGUGACAAGUUUGCAUCUCGACACGGACAGAAAGGUGUUUGUGGAUUGAUUGUUCCGCAGGAAGAUCUCCCAUUCAACGAGUCUGGUAACUCUCCAGACUUGAUCAUGAAUCCUCAUGGAUUUCCUUCGCGAAUGACAGUCGGAAAACUUCUCGAGUUGCUUGUUGGAAAGUCUGGUGUUUUCGAAGGACGCCAAGGUUAUUCCACCGCCUUUGGUGAAGAACACGGAUCUGCAGACACGGCAGAAGCCACAGCCGAAGCUCUCGUGAGGAAUGGAUUGAACUACACAGGAAAAGAUACAUUUUAUAGUGGAGCAAGUGGCGAGCCAUUGGAUGCAUACAUCUUCUCCGGGCCUGUAUUCUACCAGAAGUUGAAACACAUGGUAUUGGACAAGGCGCAUGCUCGAGCGAGGGGUCCCCGUGCCGUCUUGACUCGCCAGCCAACGGAAGGUCGAUCGAGAGAUGGAGGUCUACGGCUUGGUGAAAUGGAGAGAGAUUGUCUUAUUGCGUACGGGGCUUCCAACUUGAUCAUGGAGCGAUUGAUGCACUCUUCUGACGCAUUUUCUGCAAAUGUUUGCGAGACAUGUGGCUUGCUCCAAUAUCAGAACUGGUGUCAAUAUUGCAGAUCCGGAGAGAAGGUUGUCGAUAUUCGAAUCCCAUAUGCAUGUAAACUUCUCUUCCAGGAGUUGCAGUCGAUGAAUGUGAUGCCUCGCAUUAAGCUGAAGAACUUUUAA